UCCCCCUCCCCUCUCCUCUCCUCCCCGCUCCCGCCUGCCCCACCCCUGGGAAGCCCCUCCCGUCGGGCAGCGCCGCUUUAUAAGCGGGUUCCCUGCCCGGGGGCGGCAGCGGCUGGUCGGCGGCAGCUCUGCGGGUGCGGGGGCGGCGAGCCGAGGACCUAGCGAUCGCGGCCGGAGCGCGCCGGCCACCGCCCGCACCGCCCUUCCGCCCGCCCUCUGGACGGCCGCAGCCCUGCGGGUCUCCGCUCCAGACCCACCCCCGCCCCACCCCGCGCGCCUCUGCCGCCUCUUCCAGAGCCCCAGCUUGCCCAGCGGCCGCCGCUGCCGCUGUCUCCGCCGCCGCCGCCACCGCGCCAGGUUCCGGCCGCGGCCACCUUCCGCCGUCCAGGGCCUCUCCAUCUCGGCCCCGGGACCCCGGCUCCCCGCCAGCCCCGGCCCCGGCCCCGGCACCAUGUCGGAGAAGAGCGUGGAGGCAGCGGCCGAGUUGAGCGCCAAGGACCUGAAGGAGAAGAAAGAGAAAGUGGAGGAGAAGGCAAGCCGGAAAGAGCGAAAGAAAGAAGUAGUGGAGGAAGAGGAGAACGGAGCUGAGGAGGAGGAAGAAGAAACUGCCGAGGACGGAGAGGAGGAGGAUGAAGGGGACGAGGAAGAUGAGGAAGAAGAAGAAGAUGAGGACGAAGGGCCCGCGCUGAAGAGAGCUGCCGAAGAGGAGGAUGAAGCGGAUCCCAAGCGGCAGAAGACAGAAAAUGGGGCAUCGGCAUGAGCCCCCUGCCAGUGGGCUGGGGCGGGAGGCCCCUCGGGGCCUUGAGGUGGGGGUGGGGACAGCCCGAGUGCAGCCACCCUUCACCUGGCUCCCUGCUCUGGGCCCUGCGCCCCGAGCGGCCGCCCUCUCUCCCCAGCCUUCUCAUGCCGACCCUCCAGUCACUGCCCUCUCCAUCUUCACUGCCAUCUUCCACCUCCUGACCUCCCCCAUCUGAGCUCCCCAGCUGGUCCCCAGUUCCCCCCUCCCUCCUCCUCCCCUUCCCUACAGCCCAGCCCACUCUCCUCUGAUACCCUCUCCUUCCUAACCUCUGCAUCCCAGCGUCACAUUCUGCCCAUCCCUACCCUGCCUGAUCCCUGGGUCUCCCUAAGAUCCCCUUCUCUCAGACAGCGCCAGGCCGGGUUGGGGCCAGGGUUGGGGCCGAGCCCCACAGCUGCCCCCCUCCCCUCCCUUUUUUGUAUAAUUUAAUAAAGAAACGGUCGCGCUUCUGUUUUUAA